AUGUUGACUGUGAAGAGGGAGGAUGGCGAGCACAUCUCAGGUGUCAACGGGGAUGCGAAGAGUGAAGACGUACCGAAAAUAAACGGCAUAAAGGCCAACAAGAAAGAGCAGAGGAGUACAUCAACCAGCCCAAAUCUCUCCCAUGCCAACUCGAGAGCUUCAAGCGUGUCGCGCGACGAUGUGAAGGCCGGUAGCGACAGCGCUUCUACACCCAGCAACGGCUCGUUCCCCAGACUUUCCCGGAAAGCUUCACAGAAAAGCGUCAAGCCUACCCCGCGGCUGUUCUCACACCUUCCCGACGUCACUACCGAGUCCUGCGAGACCUUCCAGGUAAUUAAUGACUGUCUCUACGGCUCGAAGCAUAUGGGCUCGUCACAACACGAUGCCCUGGACUGUGACUGCGCAGAAGGAUGGCGUGAUGGCAAGAACUACGCUUGCGGUGAGGACUCCGACUGCAUCAACAGGGCUACGAAGAUGGAGUGUGUGGAUCGCGAUUGCAACUGCGGAGACGGAUGCCAGAACCAACGAUUCCAGCAAAAGCAAUAUGCCAGCGUCUCGGUCAUCAAGACCGAGAAGAAGGGGUUUGGACUGAGGACAGACGUCGACCUCCAGGCCAAUGACUUUAUCUUCGAAUACAUUGGCGAGGUCAUCAAUGAGCCUACUUUCCGGCGGCGCAUGAUACAGUAUGACGAGGAGGGGAUCAAGCACUUCUACUUCAUGUCACUGACCAAGAGUGAGUUUGUCGACGCAACCAAGAAGGGCAAUCUCGGCCGGUUCUGCAAUCACUCAUGCAACCCCAACUGCUACGUGGACAAAUGGGUGGUUGGCGAGAAGCUGCGCAUGGGCAUUUUCUCCUCGCGCGCAAUCAAGGCUGGAGAGGAGCUGGUUUUCAACUACAACGUGGACCGCUACGGCGCCGAUCCCCAGCCCUGCUACUGCGCCGAGCCAAACUGCACUGGCUACAUUGGCGGCAAGACCCAGACGGAGCGCGCCACCAAAUUGCCUCUAGCCACCAUCGAGGCCCUAGGCAUCGACGAUGGCGACAGCUGGGACACGACCGUUGCGAAGCGACCGCGGAAGAAAAAACCGAGCGAGGACGACGAGGAGUAUGUUAACAGUUUGCAGCCCCGCGGCCUUUCUGAGGAAGGCGUCACCAAGGUCAUGGCUGCUCUGAUGCAAGGCAAGGAGAAAUGGAUUGCUGUCAAGCUGCUGGCCCGCAUCCAGAAUGCCGACGAUGACCGGGUGCGCCACCGGGUAGUCCGCAUGCACGGCUAUCAGAUCCUGAAAACCACGCUGAACACCUUCGUUGACGACACCAACGUCGUGCUGCAAAUACUCGACAUUCUGUACAAACUGCCCCGCCUCACCAAGAACAAGAUCUCCGACUCCAAGAUCGAGGCCACGAUCGAGGACCUGGCUUCAUCAGAGCACCAAGACGUCGCGUUCGAGUCCAAGCGGCUGGUGGACGAAUGGAGCAAACUGGAGACUGCCUAUCGCAUUCCCCGCAAGAAGUUUGAUCCCAAUGCGCCCACCGCGAACUCCUUUGAGGAGCGCCGCAACAUGGACCGCGAGGAGGAGGCUUCCAAGCCCGACCCGUUCGCGAAACUCGUGAUUCCCAAGGGCCCUCGAAGCAAUGUUCCGCAGCGCAACUCCAGUUUCUUCAAUGGCCAACGACCGCUACGCAAACCGCCUACACAUAACCUGCCUGCUGGCUGGUUCGUCGCGACUGACGAUAGCGGCGCCUACUACUACUAUAACAAGAGCGGGGCGACGACCUGGAAACGUCCCACCGCACCGGCCAAUGAUGUCCCGAGAGGCCCCUCAAAGGCACAGGAGAACCAGAAGGCGCUGCAGGACAUCAUCGACAGCCUCACCAAGGAGCCUACGCCCAGGCCGUCUGCCUCUCACACACCCCAGCAGGUCGGCACGCCCGUACCGGAACCCAAGAAGGAAAAGUGGCGGUCCCUACCGGUCGAGAAACAGAUGAAGAUCUACGAGAACACGCUUUUCCCCCACGUCAAGUAUGUGAUGGACAAGUUUCGCCAUAAGCUCCCAAAGGAGGAGUUGAAGAAAUUUGGCAGGGACAUCAACAAGAAGCUCGUUGCGUCUGAUUACAAGAACGGCAGAGUAGAUGACCCGACCUCCAUCACGGUCAAGCAGGAGAAGAAGGUCAAGCAGUACGUGAAGGACUUCUUUGACCGUGCUGUCGAGAAAUUCAGGGAGCAUGAGAAGAAGAAGGCCGAGCGGGCUGCCAGACACGCUGCAAGGAGGGGCUCGAGUGGCCCGGAUCCGAACCUCGCUGGCCCCUCCGUUGAGGCGGCGAGUAAGGAGGCGGUCGAGGAAGACGACGAGGCUGUAAUGAUGUCGGAGGUUGAAGACCUUGUCAGUUCCCCCGGUAGCUCGCAGGACCGGAAGCGGAAGCGGGAGGACGACGAGGCAGAGUCUCCGGGCCAGCUGACGCCCUCGGAAACCCCGUCGGCCAAGCGACUCAAGGAGGACGAGGCGGACGCGCCGUCGCCCCCGCCUCCCCCGCCACCUCCCCCUGCGGGCGUGGCAGACACGCCGAUGACCGAGGAAGAGCGAUCGAUGAGGGAGCAGGAGGAGGCCCUGAUGCGGGAGAACGAGGAGGCCCAGCGGCUGGAGGAUGAAGCCGAGGCUACCAAGCUGCAGAACGAGGGGGAGGGGGAGAAGGUGGUGCUGGGGCGGCCGCACGACGAGGCGGCCACGCGGGAUGCGAAGCUCGAACACCCGCGGCUGGACGAGCAGCACUUCCAGACCAACAACAGCCUGGGUGGUUACGAGGCAGGGAGUGACGUGGAUCCGGAUGGGCCCAGGUCGGCUGCAGAAGGCAGCAGCUCCAUGGGCCAUGAGAAGUCCCAGAAGCAGGAGGUCCUCAGCCACUAA